AUGUCUAUGAGUAAGAUCGAAGCCAAGAGUCCGGCGGCAAUACUAGCCAUUGGGACGGCAAACCCAGCCAACUGUUACUACCAACAAGAUUAUCCUGAUUUCCUAUUCCGAGUCACCAAUAGCGACCACAUGACAGAAUUGAAAGAUAGGUUCAAGCGCAUAUGUGAAAAAUCAAAGACAAAGAAGCGUUAUCUAUAUAUCACGGAAGAGAUCCUAAAGGCAAACCCAAACAUAUGUAGCUACAAGGCACCCUCACUCGAUCCACGUCAGGACAUGUUGAUUCCAGAGGUACCCAAGCUUGGCAAGGAAGCGGCAUUGAAGGCCAUCAAAGAGUGGGGCCAACCCAUUUCAAAAAUCACCCAUCUCAUCUUCUGCACAGCUUCCUGCGUCGACAUGCCUGGAGCCGACUUUCAACUCGUCAAGCUCCUCGGCCUUGACCCCUCUGUCAACAGAUUCAUGAUCUACCAACAAGGCUGCUUCGCUGGUGGGACUGUCCUACGUCUUGCCAAGGACGUCGCAGAAAACAACCCCGGCGCACGCGUUCUGGUGGUGUGCUGUGAGAUCAAAACUAUGUUUUUUCAAGCACCCACUGAGAGCCAUCUGGAUGUUUUGGUAGGACAGGCUUUGUUUUCAGAUGGUGCGUCCGCUUUAAUUGUUGGUGCUAAUCCUGACCCCAAAAUUAACGAACGCCAGGUGUUUGAGAUUAUUUCAACGAGAGAGACUAUUGUCCCAUACUCGGAGCAUAGUGUGGUGGCACACUUGCGUGAAAUGGGUUUUGAGUAUUAUCUUUCACCAGAUGUGCCAAAGUUGGUUGGUGCAAACAUUGAGGAGCUUUUGGCAAAAGGGUUUAGCGAAAUUGAUGGGAUAAAUAAUGAUUGGAACUCGUUGUUCUAUAGCAUCCACCCAGGUGGACCGGCCAUUUUAGACAAGGUUGAAGAAAAACUGGGUCUGAAUGAGGGGAAGCUGAGAGCAACCAGGCACGUAUUGAGGGAGUAUGGGAACAUGGGAUCUCCAUCUGUUUUGUUUAUUCUCGAUGAGAUGAGGAAGAAGUCAAUGGAGGAAGGAAAAGCCACGACUGGUGAAGGGCUGGAAUGGGGUGUUCUGAUUGGGAUCGGGCCAGGGCUAACCGUGGAGAUUGUUGUGCUGCGUAGUGUCCGCAUUGCUUCCUGCUAA